AUGAAGACGAAGAUGUUAAUAACCCUCUUUGCACUAGUUUCAGUAGCAGGAACAUCAGAAGCGACUGGUACACUUGCUGCACAGCAGAACACAAGCAUUAUACCUACAUACACACUCUGGUGCAUGGAAAAUCCAUAUGCCUACUUUAGAAGAGUGAUUUCGAGCCUAAAAUGGGCUUGCAAAAAUGGUGCUGAUUGCUCACCAUUGGAAAAGGGUGGCCGUUGUCAAGACCUCGACAAUUACAGAAGCCAAGCUUCUUAUGCAUUCAAUGACUAUUACCAGAAGAAUCCUAUACCCAGAAACUGCGAUUUCAAUGGUGCUGCUGUGCUUACAGUUCAGGACCCAAGUAAUACUAAACACUUUACAUUCGAAAAAAUAAAACCAACCUCUGAUCAAAAUUCCUAG